GAAGCUCACCAUGGCCGAGCUGAAGAGGCAGGAGAAGGAGCACCAGGGGCAGGAGGACCGCCGGGGCCUGAACAAGGCCGAGAAGAGACGCCACGCCGCCCUCAUCCAGGAGAUCGCCCGGCGAGAGCAGGAGGAGAGAGAGGAGGCGAGGAGGGCGGCCGAGGACAAGCUGAGCCGCUCGCUGGAGAACUACGAGCAGAUCGUGGAGCGGCGAGGCCAGGAGCUGAAGGAGAAGGCCAAGCGCGAGGAGAAGCAGAUCCAGAAAGCUCGCCAAGCGGCCGAGAGGCGCGAGAAGCAGCAGCAGCUUCUCCUGGAGGCGCGGGCGAAGGAGGCGGAGAAACGGGCGCAGCAGGCGACCCUGGUGGCGGAGGAGCGGGCGAAAGAGAAGGCGCAGCGGGCGGUGGCGAGCCGGCAGGAGAAGGAGCGUCUCCAGAGGGUGAACAGGCAGCGCGUGGAGGAGGAGGAGAAGCAGAGGCGCCUGGAGCUGCUGCAGUCCAUCGAGAGGAAGCUGGAGAAGAGCGAGCAGAUCUUCAAGGAGAAGAGGGCGGUGCUGGAGAGCGCUCGCUCCGUGGCCCGGGCGUCGUUUCACGUACGAGACAAAGUGCGGGAGGAGACGAACAUGCGUACUUUUGAUAAAAUGGCUCUGGAGGCUCAGCUCAAAGCCAGCCUGGACGACAAAUAAAACCUGACUUCCUGUCGGGGACUUCUGUUCAUGUGCUCGCCGUCACUGUGGCGCUCAUCAGCCAAUAGCUUUACCCCGUUUUCCCCAUAAGUGUUUUUUUUCCCAUAAUUCUCUUUUUACUAAACGUCCAAUCAGAGCAAACCAAAACAUUUUCUAUCACGGAUGAAACGAGACGAGAACCUAAAGACAGAAAUCAAAACUGAGGAAACAAACAGAAGAGAGAGAGAGCAACACAAUCCUCUCUCUCUCUAUCUCUCUCUCUCUCUCUCUCU